CUUGGGAGAGCCCUAUUUUUUUAAAUGUGGCAUAUACAUGAUAUUCAUUUACAAUUACAUGAGCAUGUAGGAGUUAUAUUUUGGGCACACAUGGAAUACAUAAAUGCAAAGAAAAUGAAACAUCUCCAAGUUGUGUGUUUAUAGAUGUUAUUAUAAAAUCACGUUGUGAAAUAGCAGAGGAAAAGUGGGUUGAAUACAAAUUUAAUUUGCCAUAUUUUUUCACUUACCAAACGAAAUUAUAAUCUCGUCCACGUUGAAUGCAUCCAUCGAAUCCCUCUUCUCAGAAGAAACUUUGUUUAAACUCUCAAUGACUACAUAAACAGUAUUGAAACUCGCAGCACUCAGAGUCGCGUCGGACAUCACGAUCACGCUACAUCAACAACUUUGUAAAAUUGUUUACGUAGCGCAGCUAUGCAUGGUCGUGAGGUAAAAAGUGCCAUUCUGCACGGACGAAACAUUUGGUCCACUAUUAUUACAUUGACGUAUUCCUAAUCUAAACUAUGGCCAACUGUCUCUAUCUUUCGUCGAGACGACCCCCUCAAUCAUCGAGUCAGUCACAGCAACAACUUGUACUUUCGGAACCCCUUUAUGUUUUUCAACUACUCUAUGACGGUGUACGGAAUUCCGGAAAAUAAAUUCACGUGAAUAUACACGAUUUUUACUGAUCACGUGAUUGCUAUCCGUCUCUACCUUAAGCCAUAUCAAAUUUCUCUGGUGUAGCAUACCUCAUAAAACCAAAGUUGUUUCCAAUAAAAUGUUAAGGAAGUUUCUUUUGCAUGGUUUUUUUUUUUUUGUAUCUACACACACAGAUAUGAUACUACUGACCACAGAGAAUCCCCAUCAGACGACUUCCUGUUUGUUCACCAGACAGCAUGGCAAAGACGUCUUCUGAGCAUGUAUGGGACAGAUACUUGCAUCAUGGAUGCCACAUAUAAGACCUCCAAAUAUGCACUCCCUCUGUUCUGUAUAUGUGUUCAGACUAAUGUUGGGCAUUCCAUGUGUGGUUCCUUCAUGGUUUCCACAGAGAGUAAAAAAGCAAUCCAUGAGGGUUUGAUGAAAUUUAAGGAAUGGAACCCAGGAUGGGCUCCUAAGUAUUUCAUCACUGACUAUGAUGAAAGAGAAAUUCAGGCAGUUGAGGAAAUUUUUGAAGAAUGUACUGUAUACCUCUGCUCUUUUCAUCGGGAACAACCGUGGAUACGUUGGUUGAAACAAAUUGCACAUGGGCUUGGUUCAAAUCAAGAUGAGAUCAUUGAAUUGAUGAGAAGAAUAGCUAAUGAUUGAUUCAGAAAAUGAAUGUAAAGAAGCUGUGGACAGACUGAAAGAACAUCCUCAUUGGCAAAGUAACCACCGGAUGCAAAAGUGGUUUGACAAACAGUGG